UGGUUCAACAGCGUGUGCACACGUUGAAAUGUCAUCGUGAACACUAAACAAUCCGCAAAUUUAGCUACAUCUGUUAUAGGAUUCGGGUCGUUAUUUCAAGCAGUUCUUCUGACUUUUUCCGUCAAUCGGAGGACGCACAGAGAUGAUGAAGGUUUUCAUAACAAGACGCAUCCCACAGGAGGGAAUGAAGAUUCUGUCACAGGCUGGAGUAUGUAAAGUGUCACUGUGGGACUCUGAUGAGCCUGUUCCGAGGGUGGAGCUUCUGAAGGGCGUGGAGGGGGCCCAUGGGCUGCUGUGCCUCCUGUCGGACAAGAUCGACACAGAGGUCCUGGACGCAGCAGGUCCAAACUUGAAGGUUAUAAGUACCUUGUCUGUCGGAUUUGACCACAUGGCCAUGGAUGAGAUCAAGAAACGAGGGGUGCGUGUGGGCUACACUCCAGACGUCCUGACUGAUGCCACAGCGGAGCUGACCGUCGCCCUGCUCCUGGCUACAGCUCGGCGGCUACCAGAGGGCGUGGUGGAGGUUAAGAAUGGAGGCUGGAGCACCUGGAAACCUCUGUGGUUGUGUGGUUAUGGUCUGUCAGGCAGCACUGUCGGUGUCAUUGGACUGGGACGCAUAGGUAUGGCCAUAGCCAGGAGGCUGAAACCGUUUGGAGUGAAGAAGCUCCUGUACUCUGGAAGAACUGCCAAAUCCUAUGCUGCUGAAGUGGAGGGAGAAUACGUGCCCUUGGACACGCUGGUGUCUGAGAGUGAUUUUGUUGUGGUGUCCUGCGCCCUCACACCAGAGACCCAAGGCCUGUGUAACAAGGACUUCUUCAGCAAGAUGAAGAACACCGCUGUCUUCAUCAACACCAGCAGGGGUGCAGUGGUGAAUCAGGAGGAUCUGUACCAGGCUCUGUCCAGUGGUCAGAUAGCUUGUGCUGGGCUGGACGUCACAACCCCAGAACCACUCCCCACCGACCACCCCCUCCUCACCCUCAAAAACUGUGUGGUCUUGCCCCACAUUGGCAGUGCUACCUACUCCACACGUGGCAUCAUGGCAGAGUUGUCCGCAAACAAUCUGCUGGCAGGCCUACAGGGCACAGACAUGCCCAGCGAACUCAAAUUCUAGUGCUGCUCUACAACUUCUCAAUUCUGCCUCGGUCCUCCUGUUAGAAUGAUUUUUUUGACCAGGGAGGAAUCUGUGUUAAGAUUAUUCACCCAUUUUGAAUGUUAUAUAAUUUUUGUGCAUCUCUGAGCGAUGUUCUAUCGAUUCCUGGGGAUUUUCAUGUGUUUUCAUGUGUAUCUGAGCUAUUCGCUGUUCAAACAUGCAGAAAUACAGCCAGUAUGCCAUGUUUUGCGUCAUAGAAAUACAGCCGGUAGGACGUCUUUAGUGUCAUAGAAAUACAGCCGGUAUGACGUCUUUUGCGUCAUAGAAAUACAGCCGGUAUGACGUCUUUUGCAUCAUAGAAAUACAGCCGGUAUGACGUCUUUAUUGUCAUAGAAAUAAAAAUAAAAUUUGUCCUUUCAGCUGUAUUUAUGUCUGCUUGAAUGGCAAAUAGAUGCACAAAAAGUGGGUGAAUGUUUCCUUUAACAUGCUCUCCCAACAUGAAGGUAAACUUCUGCCUCUUGCUCUUACUGUUUUACAAGAAAUAACUAACUUCUAAAAUGUUACUUGAAAGAGGAAGUGUAUGGUAUUAGCGUUUUGAGAACAUGCCUCAGUACACUUAACAGUACUCCUAAGGGUCAGCCAUGACUUCCUUUUAAGGAUGUAGAAAAGCACUACAAUGUCUCUGCACACAAUUCAUUACUGGCCUUCCUGUUCUUAUGAAACACUUGAUCGAGUUGUGUAAAACAGUAGUUGUAAUGUUUUCUAUUGUUCUCAUGACAGUUUUGUGUUAACAUUGAGAUAUGGAUCGCCAUUGUCUAUUUGUGCAUAAUUCUAAGAAACACUAUCUCUAAUUAAUCUAUGGUAAAACACCUCGCCUCUAAUCAUUGUUUGUUUCAAACCAGCUGAUCACUCCCUCCCUCUAUCAUGGUCUGUCAUUCUGGCUUUGUUGAAUAAAGUAGAAAUGUUGUACAGUA